AUGGCGGUGACAAGCCUCCUCAAGGCUCUCGCUGCCCUCACGCUCGUUUCUUCUUCCAUUUUUCCAGUUGCCGCAACCAGCAAUUCGAGCAGCUCGAUCUGCGCAACGUCGUCUAAAUGUAUUCCCUUCACCAUCGAUGUGACCUGGGGACCGUCCGAUCCAAGUAAAGGUCUGUCCAGAAAUGCCAUCCUCACCAAUGGUUCUCUCCCGGGCCCCCCGUUAAAGAUGAAGGUUGGUGACUGUGUCGACUUCACUGUCAUCAACAAUCUCCCUUAUAAUACUGGUGUUCACUUCCACGGUAUUCGACAACUUGGAACUCCGUGGGCCGACGGUGUUCCUGGCCUGAGUCAAUACUCCAUCACGCCAGGAACAAGCUACAUGUAUCAAUGGACCGCGGAAGAAUCUGGAAUGUAUUUCUACCAUGCGCACUACAAGGGACAGAUGAUGGAUGGUCUCUAUGGCGCUAUCGUCAUUCAACCAGCCGACAAUGCCAGCACUCCAUUCAGCCAGAUUAGCAGUGACGAGACGGACGUGAAACAAAUGACCGCUGCUGCUCUCGAUGUGGAGGCGGUCUUUGCGUCAGAUUGGAGCCAGUUCACUUUCCAGGAAUUCUUCGAGAUCGAGCAGACUGCCAAUAUCGACGAUGCUUGCACUGAUUCUAUUAUCCUGAACGGCUUUGGCUCUGUCUACUGCCUUUCAAGCACCGACUUGGCCGCAAAUUCCGCACCUCAGCUGCCUCAAAUUUUGAACGGGACCUCUUUGACGGCCAAGGGCUGCGUCCCCCCGAGCAAUCCAGUCAUCCAAGGUAACUUCUCACGUAAUCUGGCGGCCCUUCCGUCCGGUGCCUACGACGUUUGCACACCCUACACUGGCAGCAACUACACCUACUCUGUGGAUCCAAGCAAUGGAUGGGCUGCUAUGUCCUUCAUCAGCCCUGCUGGUUUUGCCCUGUUCAAGGUCACCAUCGACAGCCACAAGUUGUAUGUCUAUGAAAUCAACGGCAACUUCAUCGUGCCCCAGACAGUUGACGAGUUCGUCGUCGGCCCUGGCGAUCGCGUCUCUUUCUUUGUCAAACUCGACCAAACACCAGGCGACUACCAAAUCCGUGUUGCCAACGACGGUAUCAAUCAGGUCAUCUCUGGCUUCGGUGUCUUGUCCUACAAAGGUGGAAGUGGACCUGCUGGAGUUUCCGUCAUGAACUAUGGAGGCCAGAAUACCACUGCCGUCGUUACCUUCAAUCCCGCUGCUGCUGCUCCUUUCCCACCAAUGCAAGUUGCUGCAACUGCCGACAUGACCUUCGUCCUGGAUAUCAUGAAGUCUCCUGCCCAGCCUACGCUUUCAUGGGCCUGGACACUGUCUGGUUUUGAGUCCUACAACCAAACCAAUGACGACACCAAUCCACCUCUCCUGUUCCAGAAUCCUGCAAACAUUCCUUCAAGCGAUUUGAUCCUCGAGACCCAAUACAACAAAUGGGUUGACUUGAUCAUCAAGGUCGCCGGACCUGUUGCUGAGCCACAUCCUAUCCACAAACAUGCCAACAAGUUCUUUGCCAUUGGCAGUGGUGUAGGUUCCUUCAACUUUACUUCUGUCGCUGCAGCCCAAGCAGCCGGCUACCCAUUCAACCUCGAAAACCCACCUUAUGUAGAUGGAUAUACCAGCACUCCGGCCGAGGGCAACAGCACAUGGAUGGUCUUCCGAUACCAAGCCAACACCCCUGGGGCCUGGCUUCUUCAUUGCCACGUCCAAACCCACCUUUCCGGUGGUAUGGCCGUCGCCAUCUUGGAUGCCAUCGAUAACUUCCCUCAGAUCCCCUCGGACGUCGGCGCCGUCUGCCCUGGCUCAGGCUCCUCCGGCUCAACCAGUUACGGCAGCGGAGGCUACGGUUCUCAAGUAUCAAACGACAACAGCACCAGCACCGGUGGCGCGACAAUUGCCACCUUCACUGGUGCAGCUUCCUCGGUGGUGACACCUUCAUUUGCAUCGGUGCUGUUUAGCCUUGUCGCCAUCGCCUUUGCCUUCUAUACCCUAUAA